AUGGCAGCCACACUCGCUUUUCUUCAAAUCCCAACGAUUCCCUCUAAAUCAUCAUCACCUUCGCAAUGCUUAAUUCCAUCCGUCGAUUCCAGUAAAAUACACGUCUCUAAUCAUCCGAUCAAUGCCCUCCACCUCCACCUUCACCACUUAAAAUCGGUUUCUCUCCCUCUUUCAGCAGUCACAUUACCCUUCUUUUUAAACCCACAGGAUGCAUUUGCUGCUGGUGGCGAAUAUGGGAUACUGGAGGGGAGAUCACUGGCCUUGAUUCACCCAAUUGUGAUGGGUGGUCUGUUCGUUUAUACACUUUAUGCUGGGUAUUUGGGAUGGCAAUGGAGGAGGGUGCGAACAAUUCAGGAUGAGAUUAACGAGUUGAAGAAGCUAGAGAAGCCUGUUCCCGUCACCCCCGAGGGAACCCCACUCCAAUCCACAACUCCUUCACCACUUCAAGCCAAAAUUCAACAGCUUUCUGAGGAAAGGAAGGAAUUGAUCAAGGGACAAUAUAAGGAAAAACAUUUCAACGCAGGCUCGAUCUUGCUUGCGUUUGGUGUGUUUGAAUCCAUUGGUGGCGGAGUCAACACCUAUCUCAGGACCGGAAAGCUAUUCCCGGGGCCCCAUCUAUACGCCGGUGCAGCAAUAACGGUGCUUUGGGCUGCAGCUGCUGCUCUUGUUCCCCCUAUGCAGAAAGGAAGCGAAACAGCCCGGAACCUUCAUAUUGCAUUGAACGUACUAAAUGUUCUUCUUUUCAUAUCCCAGAUCCCAACUGGGUGGGAUAUUGUUCUUAAAGUGUUUGAGUUCACCAAAUGGCCCUGA